AUGCCAAAAUCAAAAUGGAUUCCUCGUGAAAACGCACGUGAUCAACAGAAUGCAAUUGAUGAAGCAAUAAGAACGUUAUUAACGGAUACAUCGGAAUCUUGUCCCGGAUGUGGAGAUUUUCAAACGGAAGUAGUUGAUAAAGAAUUGGCAACGCUGCGAGUUGAAUUCGUUAAACAGCAAAUAUUGAAAAAAUUAAAAUUAAAAGAAGUACCAAAAGUAACUCUACCGAGAAACAAACUUCCAAUUCCUAUACUCACAAAAGGAAUGUACCACGGAUUGUUAAAUAAAAAUUACAACGAUGCCAAUUUUCAAGUGGACGAUGAUUUUUUUGGAAAAACAAAUCAAGUCAUACUAUUUCCAGAAGAAUAUUCCGCUUGCGAAUCGUAUUUACGAUUGACUCCACCAUAUCCGUCUGCAUGUUUCACAUUUCAAUUACCUAAAGAUUUGGAAAUGGAAGAUCUUGCGCUAACCGAUUUUUGGAUAUACAAAGAAAAAGAUUUUUUAGACGGUGAUCCUAACGUUAAUCAAACUUUGGUCUAUUCGGAAAUAUUGGAAGUUAAUCAAAUCAAUUCGCCGCAAAUUCUUGUCAUCGAAAGACACGGAUGGAUAAAAUUAGAUAUAUUGGAAACUGUAAAAAAAUGGCUGGAACAAAAUAUCAGAAGACACACCAUUCAAGUUAUGUGUAAAACUUGUGGUUACAUGAGACCUUGGACGCCCGUUUCUUUAAAAACAGAAAAAUUACCUUUCUUAGUUAUAAACACUGAAAAUAAUAAAAAAAAAAGACGUCCUAAGAGAAACGUUAAUUGCAUGCCUGGAAUAUCAGAAUGUUGUAGAGAAAAAUUGUACAUAUCAUUUGUAGACAUAGGAUGGAACGAAUGGAUAAUACAGCCGAGAGGAUACGAUGCUUAUUUUUGCAGAGGAUCCUGUUCAAAUGCAGCAUCUUUGACUUUGAGUGGUGGUAAAAAGGUAGAAUUGGUACCUUGUUGUACGGCGACUCAUUUAUCUCCUAUUCAACUUAUUUACAUGGAUAACAAUGAAACAAUAACUCAAAAAACACUUCCUAACAUGGUUGUCGAUGCCUGUGGGUGCAUGUAA